CCCCCUGCAGUUGCAUGCAGUCCAAACUAAACUGCCUAAACGCAAAAGCAGGAGGGAAAAUAUCAGCUAAUUCUCUAAUAAAAGAAACCGGCUAAUUUGCUUUUUCCUGCAUGAUGACAGAGCAAACCACAGCAGCGAAUUACGCUCCUACGAUAUCGCGACGUAGAAUAGUGAUAUAUCGAUGCAAUCUAGGUGAAUUAUUGCUGGUCCGGGCUACGAACGCCAUCGAGAUUACUGCUGUUACGUAGUAAAGAAACUGCAUUUAAUUACUGACCGAUUAUGUAAGUAAGGUCUAAUGGUGAUUUAAUCACUUGUUUUUUUGCUUUUCCAUGGUGCAAGUUUGCUCCUUUUUGGGUUUAGGGACUAGGGUUUUUGAGUUUCUUGCUUAGGAGUUGAGAAUUAUGGAGGUGUCGGUGGGCGGUGGUGGUGAUGAGGGAUUGAAGUGUAUCAAAAUUAGUGCGGGAGGUAUGUGGAGGUGUAAUAUGUUGGCUAUUCGAGGGGAAGUUUUGUGUGAGAAGCACUAUGUUUCUGCUCAUAGGAGAUCGAUGGGUGGUGAAGAGGGUGGAGGGGAUUCUGGUGUGGGUGGUGGUGGGAAUUCUGAUGUUGAUUUUGAUGGUCAGAAGCGAAAUUCUGAUGUUUUGCCCGUUAAUGGAAGUGGAAUGUUGGUGGUUUUUGGAGAAAGUGGUGCGAGGAAGAGAGGGAGACCGAAGAGCUUGGAGAAUGAGGAGGUAAAGGAGGUUGUAGAAAGCAAUGUUGGUGGACUUGGGAGUGGGAAGAGGGGAAGGCCGAAGGGUUCGAAGAAUAGGAAGAAAGUUGGUGUACAGAGUGAAGAUGAGGCAAUGCUGUUGGAUCUGCGAAGUGGUGGGGAGGUUCUUGGUAUGAAUAGUGGGGAUGGUGAGGAAAUAGGUGUUUUGGCCGUUGAUGGAAGUGGUAUCAAGAUGGAUUUUGGAGAAGAUGGAGUAAGUGGUGGGAGGAAGAAAGGGGGCGCAAAAUGCUUGAAGAAAGAGGGGGUAACGAAGGCCGUGGAAGGAAAUGGUGGUGGAUUUAGGAGUGGGAAGAUGGGAAGGCCGAAGGGUUCGAAGAACAGGAAGAAAAUUGGUGUGCAUAAUGAAGCUGAGGCAAUGCAGGGAGACCCACGAGGAGGUGGGGAGAUUCUUAGUAUGAAUAAUGGGGAUGGCGCUGCUAGUGGAGCAGGAAAAGUGGUUGAUGUAUUUUCGAGCAAGGGAAUCAAGAUGGUUUUUGGAGAAAAUGGAGUAAGUGGUGCGAGGAAGAAAAUGGGAAGGCCGAAGGGCUCGAAGAACAAGAAAAAAAUUGAAGUAAAGAAUGAAGCUGAGGCAUUGCGGGUGGAUCCGUUAGGUGGUGGGGAGAUUCUUAGUACCGAUAAUGGGGAUGGUGCUGUUAGUGGAGCAGGACAAGUGGUUGAUACAGUUGAUGUGUUUUCAAGCAAGGCAAUCCAGAUGGUUUUUGGAGAAAAUGGAGUAAGUGAUGUGAAGAAGAGAGGGAGAGCAAAAAGCUUGAAGAAAGAGGAGGUAACAAAGGUUGUUGAAGGGAAUGGUGGUGGAUUUGGGAGUAGGAAGAUGGGAAGGCCGAAGGGUUCAAAAAAUAAGAAGAAAAUUGGUGUGAAGAGUGAAGCUGAGGCAAUGCGGGUGGAUCCGCUAGGUGAUGGGGAGAUGCUUAGUAUGAAUAAUGGGGAUGACGCUGUUAGUGGAGCAAGCCAAGUGGUUGCUACUGCUGAUGUGUUUUCGAGCAAGGAAAUCAAGAUGGUUUUUGGAGAAAUUGGAGUAAGUGGUGUGAGGAAGAGAGGGAGAUCAAAAAGCUUGAAGAAUGAGGAGGUAAAGAAGGUCAAUGGUGGUGGAUUUGGGAGUGGGAAGAUGGGAAGGCCGAAGGGUUCAAAAAAUAAGAAGAAAAUUGGUGUGAAGAAUGAAGCUGAGGAUGGUGAUGUUAGUGGAACAGGACAAGUGGAUUUGAAUGAAAAUCUAACUAAGAACAUGUAUGAGGAAAUACGUCAGAAGUUUACUGGUUUGAAAAUUGGAGGGUGUAUAUCUGGAAAGGACAAUGAAGAGAGGCAGCCGGAGGUACUGAAGAACACAAAUGAAGUUUCUAUGGUUAAUGAUAAUCAAGAGACAUUGGUACACUUCAGUGAAGGUGAUAGUGCAUCUCAUGGCAACACUGGCACAGAUGAUGCUCCUGUGCUAAAGGUUCGACGAAUGGGAAGGCCCAAAGGGUCUAAGAAUAAGAAGAAAGCAGUCAAUCAGACUAACAAGAUUGUUCAUAUCAGAGGUAAUGUUUCUCGUCGCAAUCCUGCCAGUAUUGCUGCUCUGAUGCAGAAAGUUCACAGGAGAGGAAGGCCAAAGGGUUCGAAGAAUAAGAAAAAUUCAAUCUUGAUUGAAAAGAGUGAUGGCAUAGGCGGGGAUGUUUCUUGUGUUAAGUCAGGGCUUAUUCCUGCUCCCUUGCAGAUACAACGUCAUAUAGAAAGGCCAAAGGGUUCAAAGAAUAAAAAGAAAAACACUAUAGCAAGACCAAAGAACAAGGAACCAUGCAAUCUUGCAAGCAUGGGAAAGAAAAAGCAUGAUCACAUUGCAAGAAGGAGCAAGUCAUCAGCUUUGGGGAUGCCUGAUGACCCUGAGAGAAGGGAACAAUUCAGGUUUAUGUGCCACCAGUGCUUGAAGAGUAGCAGAGCUGGGCUCAUCGUCUGCUCAAAGUGCACUAGGAAGAGUUACUGCUACAAGUGCAUUGCAAAUUGGUAUCCUGAAAGAACAAAAAAAGAAGUUAAGAAAUUAUGCCCUUAUUGCUGUGGGAACUGUAAUUGCAAAGCUUGCCUUCAAGAAAAUGUUCUUAUCAAGUGCUCCCCAAAAGAAGCUGAUGAGAAUAUUAGAUUACAAAGAUCUAUGUACCUGCUACUCAACAUUCUGCCUCUACUUAGGAGUAUACAACUAGAGCAGAAGGAAGAGCUCAUUGUUGAAACCAGCACACGUGGUGUGCCGGUGAAUGAAGAAGAUGUGCCAAUAGCAGUUUUUGAAGAAGAUGACCGGGUAUACUGUGACAAUUGCAAGUUAUCCAUCGUCAAUUUUCACAGAAGCUGCCCUAAUCUGGCUUGUUCCUAUGAUAUAUGUCUUGAUUGCUGCUCUGAACUCAGAAGAGGUCUUCAACCAGGGGAAGAUGCUGCAAAAUCUACUGGCAGUUCCAAAAGAAGUUUAGAGAGGAGAAUUUUUGUGGAUGAUAAAAACGUGGAGGCUGCUUCAGCAAAUGGUCCCGACUUGCACUCUGGUUUCCCUAAAUGGGAAUCUAAGAAUGGCAGGAGCAUACCAUGUCCUCCGAAAGAGCUUGGUGGUUGUGGAACUGAGGAUUUAGUACUGAAACGCAUUUUUUAUGCUGAUUGGGUGGAGAAAUUAAUUGCUAGUGCUGAGAAAUUUUCUUCUAAUUACCAAUUACCAAGUAUAGACUUUUCCCAGAAAUGUUCGUUGUGCUUUUCACAAGAUGUUAAUGACUUUCCUGAAGUAAGAAAGGCAUCAUUGAGGGAGAACAGUCAAGAUAACUUUCUAUACUGCCCUAGUGCUAUCAAUCUCCAUUGUGAUUUCGAACAUUUUCAAAUGCACUGGAGAAAAGGCGAACCUGUCAUUGUUAGAAACACGCUCUCAAGAGCUUCUGGUCUUAGUUGGGAGCCUAAGGUUAUGCUACGGGCUUUCAGAAGUGCAAGCAAAAAAUUGAAUCAAGACACCUCCGUGAAGGCUAUUGAUUGCUUGGAUUGGUGUGAGGUUGAAAUCAAAAUUCGCCAGUUUUUCAAAGGUUACUUAGAAGGGCGUCGACAUCAAAAUGGGUGGCCUGAGAUGUUGAAAUUAAAGGAUUGGCCACCUUCAAAUACUUUUGAAGAAUGUUUACCUAGACAUGGCUCUGAGUUUAUGGCCAUGCUUCCCUUCAGUGAUUACGCCCAUCCUAGGUCAGGUCUAUUAAAUCUUGCAACAAAACUUCCUGAUGGUGCCUUAAAGCCAGACUUGGGACCAAAAAGCUAUAUUGCCUAUGGAUAUCCGGAAGAACUCGGAAAAGGCGAUUCGGUUGCCAAACUGCACUGUGACGUUUCUGAUGCGGUGAACAUAUUGACUCACGCAACUAAGGUGAGGCACACCUCAUGGGAAAGAAGAAAGAUUGAUGAAAUAAGGAGGGGAUCUGAAGUCGAAGAUUUAGACAAGUUUAGUGAACAGGCCUGCACAGAAAAAACUGGAACUAUAUUUCCUGAAUCGCUUCAGAAUGGCAGAAAUCCGGAGGAUCAUACAUGCAAUGGGAACUCUUUGCUGCUGGAAAAUCAAAUUGAUAAAAAAGCAACAGUUCAGAUUAGUGACCUUCAUGAGGACACAUCGAUAGAAUUCAAUUUUGAGGCCUUUUCUUCAUGUGGUAAUCUGGAUACUGGAAACAGACGUACCAACCAUGACAUAGACAGAACCUCCAAAGUGGCGGCAGAAAGUUUUGACAGUAUUUUUGACUGUAUUGCAGAUAGUUGCAAUGAUCUGGAUCUGUCCAAUUGCUCGGAGAUCACAGUCGGUGGAUGUAAUGAGGAUACUAAUACAGAUUUUAUAGCUAAUAAUUUAACCCUGGAUAACGAUACCUCAGUUCAAACGAGAAUAGAAUCUGACACUCUCAACGGUCAUGUUAAAAGUGGCAAAGCCUCCACAGAUGUUGCACAUGGUGCUGCAGUUUGGGACAUCUUUCGUCGGCAGGAUGUGCCCAUGUUAACUGAAUACUUGCUGAAGCAUCAAAAAGAAUUUUUCCAUAAUGACAAUUCUGUUAAUUUUGUUGUGCAUCCAAUCCAUGACCAGAUCUUUUAUUUGGAUGAGAAGCAUAAAAGACAACUGAAGGAGGAGUUCAGUAUUGAACCAUGGACAUUUGAGCAACAUCUCGGCGAGGCCGUGUUCAUUCCUGCGGGUUGCCCCCAUCAAGUGAGAAACAGACAGUCCUGCACGAAACUUGCUCUAGACUUCGUAUCUCCAGAGAAUGUUCAUGAAUGUGUCCAAUUGACACAGGAAUUCCGGUUGCUUCCUCAGCGUCAUAAAUAUAAGCAAGAUAUAUUAGAGGCUAAGAAGCUGGCUGUAUAUGCUGCAGAUGCUGCCAUUAAAGACGCUGCAAAUUUAAUGUCAAAGAACAGAAAAAAAUCGAAGCUAGCUGAUGCACAGAACUCCAGCUGAAAAGUUGAACUCUUCGACAUUGUAGCAGCACAGAUCGUAUUCAGCUAUGGAUGCAAUCAACUGACUCUUUGAGGCGAGCUACCCGUCUGUUUUAGCCAGAAGCUACCAUAUCUUAGAGUAGAGUGGAGAGGAGUUACUAACUAAUGUAGUAUGAUCUCGUCACAUUUAUUUUCUUUUCGUUAGUUAGUCGUUUGAGAGUCCUAUAUAUAGUUCCCUCGAGGAUCGAGAUAUAUAUAUAAGGAUUGUAAUGUACCGUAGUAGCCACAAAAAACCUUGUUUGUUUAGUAGGGGCUAAGAUUUAGCUCCAAUGUAAGUUAACUAUGUAACCAUGAAUGGCAAGAAAAGGACUAAUGUUGGUUGUUGAGUCAAAUAAAUGCCAAUUUAAUGUUGAUAUUCUA